AUGGAAUCCGUCGUCGAGGAAGCUACCAAUCCACAGUUCCAUCUCUCAGAUCCCUCUCCUCCGCCGGGAAACUUGGCUCUGGACACUGCCGAGCCGCCUUCUCCUGAAAAGCCGCCCCAAUCUCGCGACGCGUAUCCCGCUGCCAUUGGCAAUAAUGGUCAGAUCGAGUUCCCAAAGCCUAGGCUCGACUUCACCAAGCCUCUCCUGUCCGAGAAUGGCGUCACCAAAACCAACAGCGGCGAUAAGGACUUCUCCGGCGGUGAAGAGGAGACGACGAGCCGUCGCAAGCGGAGGAGCCGCUGGGACCCGCAGCCGGACGGAAGCGGUGGAAAUCAGGCGGCGGAUGGAGGCGAGAGCACCGGGAGUGGCACUCGGAAGAGGAAGUCGAGGUGGGCGGAUGAUGAGCCCAAGCCUGUGAUUCAGCUCCCUGAUUUUAUGAAGGAUUUUACUGGAGGUAUUGAAUUUGACCCUGAAAUCCAGGCUUUGAAUGCUAGGCUCCUCGAGAUUAGCAGGAUGUUACAGUCUGGUACGUCUCAGUCUGGUUUGCCGUUGGAUGAUAGACCUGAAGGAGCUAGGUCUCCUUCUCCUGAACCAAUUUAUGAUAACAUGGGAAUUAGGAUCAAUACUAGAGAGUAUAGGGCCAGGGAGAGGUUGAACAAAGAGAGGCAGGAGAUUAUUUCACAGAUCAUCAAGAAGAAUCCUGCGUUUAAGCCUCCUGCUGACUACAGGCCCCCGAAGCUUCACAAGAAGCUCUACAUACCGAUGAAGGAGUACCCAGGGUAUAACUUUAUUGGAUUGAUUAUUGGACCUAGAGGCAACACGCAGAAAAGAAUGGAGAGGGAAACCGGUGCUAAGAUUGUAAUUCGAGGGAAAGGGUCGGUGAAGGAGGGCAGGUUGCAGCAGAAGAGGGAUUUAAAGCCGGAUCCGUCUGAGAAUGAAGAUUUGCAUGUUUUGGUCGAGGCAGAUACUCAAGAGGCCUUGGAAGCUGCUGCUGGCAUGGUUGAGAAGCUGUUGCAACCGGUUGACGAGGUUCUGAAUGAGCAUAAGAGGCAGCAGCUUAGGGAACUAGCUGCUUUGAAUGGUACAAUUAGGGAUGAAGAGUAUUGCCGGUUGUGUGGUGAGCCUGGACACAGGCAGUAUGCUUGUUCAUCCCGGACUACAACAUUUAAGAGUGAUGUGCUUUGUAAGAUUUGUGGUGAUGGUGGACAUCCUACUAUUGAUUGUCCUGUUAAGGGAACAACUGGGAAGAAAAUGGACGAUGAAUACCAAAACUUCUUGGCAGAACUGGGUGGGACUAUGCCUGAGUCCUCGAAUAAACAAACUGCUACCUUGGCUUUGAGGUCAAGUGGAUCUGGAAGCAAUCCCCCAUGGGCUAGCAACACUGGGGGUAUUGGCAGUGCGAAUCAAGCUGGACUAGGAGCCACUGAUGGUAAAUCGACAAAGGAAUAUGAUGAUACCAAUCUUUACAUUGGCUACUUACCUCCUACUUUUGAUGAUGAUCGUUUGAUCCAGUUAUUCUCUGCAUAUGGUGAGAUUGUAAUGGCAAAGGUAAUCAAGGAUAGGGUCACUGGGUUGAGUAAAGGGUAUGGUUUUGUCAAGUAUUGUGAUGUUCAAAUGGCUAAUUCGGCAACUACUGGCAUGAAUGGAGCUCGUGUUGAAGGUCGGACCAUUGCUGUGAGGGUUGCGGGUAAGCCUCCUCAACCUAGUGUUCCUCCUGGCCCUCCUGCAUCCAGCAUGCCCACAUGCCCUGUCUCAAGUCAACCAGUUGGUGCCUAUCCAUCCCAGCAGUUCACCCCUUGUGGCUAUGGAGGGCCUCCUGUUCCUUGGGGACCACCUGUUCAGUCUCCCUAUGCUCAUUAUCCUCCACCUCCUCCUAGUUCGAACAUUCCCCCUCCUGGACACCCUAUGGCACCUUAUGGCAUGCAAUAUCCUCCACCAGUGCCUCCGGCUCCGGGUGCUCCUAGUCCAACUGUGACUCCUGAAGCUCAACAAAGUUACCCACCCGGGGUUCCAUCGGAGAACCACACUUCUGCUCCGCCACGUGCAUCAUCUAACUUCUAUGGGAAUGUUCCACCAUUGCAACCAGUUUAUGCAACAGUUUCUCUAGGUUACUCAUCAUACUAUAGUGCAGUUCCUCCCCCUCCGGCUGCGCCUAUGCCAACAACUGAUCACUCCCAGGGGAUGAGCAAUUUACCUUGGGCACCGAAUCCACCACAACCACCACUUCCAGGAGCUUCCGCUGGAGAGAAAACGAACUAUGGAGCUGAUGCUGAGUAUGAAAAGUUAAUGGCAGAGAUGAAAUGA